GGAUCAGAAGCGCGUCCUUCAGCGCAAGUAAUCCCGUUCCCCGCAGGCUGGCGGCGGUUGAACUCAUAUCACAUAAGUGGAAGUGGCAUAUCGUCUUUGAAGAGUGUGUAGUGCAGCAAAGCAAGAGCAAUGUGGGCAGUAUGUUCAUCUGAGUGCAAGUGUGUUCCUGGUUUAUGAUUGUGUUCAUCUGCAGUGUCUUUAAAGAAAAAAAAAAAGUGCUCUGUUUUGGGAAAUGUGCUGUGAUUUAAAAAGGAGAUUUUUGCUUCUCUAUGCAACACAAAAGGGGCAGGCAAAAGCCAUAGCUGAGGAAAUAUGGCAGCAAGCAGGUGCCCACGGACUUGAAGCUGAUAUGCACUGUAUAAGUGAAAUGGACAAGUAUAAUCUGGAAUCAGAAAAGGAUCCUGUAGUUAUUGUUAUUUCCACUACCGGUACUGGAGACCCACCAGACACUGCCUGCAAGUUUGUAAAGAAAAUUCAAGACACGACCUUGCCACCUGAUCAUUUCGCACAUCUCCAGUAUGGAUUGCUAGGUCUGGGAGAUUCAGAGUACACGUUCUUUUGUAAUGGUGGAAAGACAGUAGACCGACGACUUCAAGAACUUGGUGCCCAGCACUUCUAUGACACAGGAUUAGCAGAUGAUUGUGUAGGUUUGGAAUUAGUGGUUGAUCCUUGGAUUGAUGGACUUUGGCUUGCCCUCAAGGAAGCAUUUCUACUGCGGAAAGAAAAGGAAGGCAUGAGCAGUGUUGUCGAUGCUGUUUCUAGCUCGCUCUCUGCAGCCCCGUACUUAAGCUCAGAAGUACAGAACUUGAAGCUAGAAGAUGAGGGAGUGAGGAGUUCUGAUGUUCUGUCACAGAAACUGGUUGACAUCAAUCUUGUGGCUUCAGCUAGAGACACUGAACCUUCACUUGUUCAUUCUGUCCCUCCUGUCUCUCAGUCUGCUCUUAAUAUUCCUGCCUUGCCACCAGAAUAUAUAGAGGUGCAGUUUCAGGACACCCAUGGCGAGAAUCCUCAUCUGUCCUCACUGAUUUCAGAGGGAACAACCUUUGAAGUGCCAGUUACAAAAGCAGUUCAGCUCACUAGAGAAGAUGCAAUAAAAACUGCAUUGCUCUUAGAACUUGAUAUUGCAGAUACAGUCUUUGACUACCAACCUGGAGAUGCCUUCUGUGUAAUAUGUCCCAACAAUGUCAAUGAGGUGGAAGAACUUCUUCAAAUCUUGGGACUGUCUGAAAAAGGAGAGUACUUCGUUUGUGUAAAGGUUAAGCAUGGCACUAAAAAGAAAGGAGCAGCUCAUCCACAACACAUCCCUGAAAGAAGCACUUUGAAAUUCAUUCUAACCUGGUGUCUGGAAAUAAGAUCAGUUCCCAAAAAGGCAUUUUUGCGAGCUCUUGUAGAAUGUACCAGUGAUGCAGGAGAAAAACGGAGGCUUCAAGAGCUUUGCAGCAGACAAGGAGCCUCUGAUUACACACGCUUUAUUAGAGAUUCUAAUGUUUGCUUGCUGGAUUUACUUCAUGCUUUUCCAAGCUGCAAGCCUUCACUUAACCUGUUAAUUGAACAUCUUCCUAAAUUACAAGCGAGAUCCUAUUCAGUGUCAAGUUCAAACUUAUAUCAGCCAGGAAAACUGUGUUUUGUAUUUAAUAUUGUGGAGUUCCCUGCCUGUCCCGCUAGACCAGUCUCACGGAAAGGAGUAUGUACAGGGUGGCUUGCUGAGUUAGUUGCACCUCUACUGCACCCCAAUAAAAACACUCUGGAUACAAAAGGAGGAAGGUCUUCAUCUGAAAAGAUAUCUAUUUUUGCUCGUCCAAACAAUACUUUCCACUUACCUGCAGACCCAUCUGUCCCGUUCAUGAUGGUUGGUCCAGGAACAGGAAUUUCACCAUUUAUUGGUUUCCUACAACAUAGGCAAAAGCUCAGAGAAGAACAUACAGACUGGGAAUUUGGAGAGACAUGGCUGUUUUUUGGUUGUCGGCAUCAGGAUCGAGACUAUUUGUUCAAAGAUGAGCUCAGAUGCUUUCUUGAAAAUGGCACUUUAACUCAUCUUAAGGUUUGUUUCUCAAGAGACUCUUCAACUGCAGAAGUAGCCCCGCCUAAAUAUGUGCAAGAUGUCAUUAGGCUUUAUGCUAAGGAAGUUGCCAGAGUCCUGCUGAAAGAGAGAGGUUACUUCUAUAUUUGUGGAGAUAAGAAGCACAUGGCUGAUGGUGUAAGUGAUGCUGUAGUGGACAUUUUAAGCAUGGAAAUGGAAGCUGACAAAUUGGAAGCAAUGAAAACCCUGGCUAUGCUUCGAGAAGCAAAACGAUAUUUGCAGGAUGUUUGGACCUAAAUAUUUCGCUUUUCCUAUGCCUUUGUAACACAAAAGAUUUUGUUUCAAACAUGUGCUUUUGACUAAAAGUUAUUGUCAAAAGUGCUGUCUGUAGUCACCCAAAUCUUAACUUUCUCUAUUGACCUUUCAAGCAGGAAUAUGAAACCUUUUAAAUUACAACAAACCAGGCUGCCUUUUGAAGUGUAUAGUUUUUUAACGAUGUUACAUAGUGGACUGUCUCAGUGCCUUAUUUUCUCAUUUUAAGAUUGGUUUAAUGUAGAAAGUAAAAACUUCUGCGCUGGUACAAGUAUAAUUGUAUGUUUACAUUACAUCAUGUAUUUUUUCCUAUAAUGUAUACAUAAAGGAGCUACAGAGUAAAUACAUUACACACUGA